AUAUGAUACCAAAAUGACGCGGGAAAUUCGGACCACAGAUGGCGAAGUCAACAUUUUCUGCUUUUCUCUCCUUAAUCCGAACUCAUGUAAAAGUAUUUAGGAACACAGAGCUGCAAGCAAUCAUACAGAUACCUGAGAAGGUGCAAAGCUUUUCAAUAACACAGGGUAAUUCAUCCAAAUCUGAGGAGUGGAUCUUGCUAGUUGGAUCAAGUACUGGAAAGAUAUAUAGAACAAAUGACUUGGAGUAUAGGACGCAGCUAAAACAAGCUCAUCUGGAAUAUCAGACCUCUUUGGAAAACCAGCAGAUUUUUACAGAUCUUUUGGAUCCCCAGGCUUCAGACAUUAAAGACAUUGACAACACAGAAACACCAGUUAUUGUUUCCCCUGAGAGCUUUGUCCACAUUCUUUCAUCAGCCCACGUCUUGCUCUCUCUGAAAUCUCCCAUUCUCGAUCUUUGUCAAACUCUAGGAUUCGUUUUUGCUGUGAUCAAAGACGAUGACUCGGUGAAAGUGGAGAGUUUCUCUAGUGACAUUAGCAGUAAGUUGGCCAGUCCACUCACAGUUCAUGUUUUACAAAAGAGGUCUUGUAUACAGAAUACUCAAAAUGCGUUUCAUCUGUACAUUUUAACCUGUGACUUGAUACAGAGUCCAAACCAGGAGAGAAGCGGCACAACUAUAGACCUAUCUAAUGAAUUGUUUAAGUCUAUUGGGGGUGAAGAGGUCACUCUCUGUAACUCCCCUCUACUUUUCCUCACAUCAGACGAGGGCUCUGUGUAUUUCAGUGCACUGAGUCCCCAUCUUUCAUCACAUGAACAGUGCUAUUUUUCACUCUUAUAUCCCACCAGCAAACCAAUCCGAAACAUUCAGUCAAGUAGAAUUGCGCUAAGAGAAAAGAUGAACCCUGGCCCAGAUUCUGCUCUUGAUCGGAAAGUCAUCAAUGGUCUCGUGAUCUGUUCCUCCAAUGGAGAUUCAACAGUUCUGACUUGUGACAAAAAAUAUGGCGCACAGUAUGUUCCCUUCACAGUGCCUUGUUCCAUCAAUGAUGUUAAGAUUGUGGGAACCAAGAUGUAUGUUAGCAGUGGAGAGGACCUGUUGGUGGCUGAUUAUGCACUCCUGGAGAAAGAUGACAAGUAUUAUGUGGAAAUGGAUAAAAUGACAAGUCUGAAAUUUGCUGGUGCUUUGAAGAUCCACUGUGUUUCGGAUACCAGUCUUGUUGAAGAAACUGUCAGUCACAUAUUAUGUGGAACAGAGUCGGGAAGAGUCUCGGAGAUAGAUGUUGGUUUAAGACUGAAACAGCCUGCCACACAGAGAAUACAAGAGCAGGGUCGGCACAUUAAAGAGCUUCUAACGGCUAUAGAAAACUGUCAGCUGCAAAUCCAAAGGUUGACUUGUAAAGAGGACAGACAGAAGGAGUUCAUCUCACAAUUAAACGUAGCCUCGUACCUGAUGAACAGUGAAAGGCUAUUUCAGUGUGAGUAUGGUGUUCUGCAGAAAGUGAAGGGUGGGGAUUUCUUUCUAGCACUAAAAGCAACCAAUCAAAGUGGUGUAAAGUUGUCAUGUGACUGGAGCCUUUUGGUAAAUGUUCAUCAGACAUACAUACAUAAAACAUCAUCUGGAAGUGAAAAACUGAACAUGGGAUUGAAUCCAAAUGAAUGUGUGCACAUCCAAGUUGAUCUUCCAUCACAGGAUGUAAAAGUCCAUUACAAAAUUACUGUAGCUCUCUGUCUACAUUAUCCUGUUGACCUUGUAGAUUUACCUGUCCCGAGUAAGGACAGCUUUUUAUCGAUCUUAAUUGAUCAGAAGACAAUUGAUAUCUUGCAUUUUCUCUUUGAUGAGAAAUGUUUACACAGAAAAACUUUUCAGACAGGAUUUAAUUUACAUGCUGCAAUAACUGAAGCUGCAUUGAGGCGACCUGUUUCAAGUCCACUGUCUGACACAGUCCCACCAAAUAGAGAGGACACACCUUAUCAUAUGAAUCUGUUUAGAUCAGCCACCUUACUGCAAAAACCAGAAAUAUCAGUUCAUGGACAAGAUGUGGAUGCAGUAUUGAGGUUUCUAACUCAGCCAUGUCAACAGCCUGUGAACAUUGAGAACCAUGAAGCAAAACUGGUGGACACAACUGUUGAACCAGUCAAGAUAUCCAUUCAGUUGUUUGACACAGACACAGGCAUAUCAAUGCUGAAACUCACCAUUAUUUCAAGGGAGAUCACUCUUGCUGCAGCAGUUCACGAGGCUAUAUCCAGAUAUUUACAGAUAACUGAUAAAGCUUUGGUUGAUGAACAUAUACCCAAAGAGUAUUUACUCAAGGGUACACUGCCUUCUAGUGACCUUUCCUCUGCCUUGAUUUCAUCAGUAACGAAGGGGGAUGUUGUUAAUGUUUACAGACGGUUAAGAUGUGGCCAUGCUGAAUGAAAAAGAUUAGAUGAUUUUGAGAUCAAAAGAAAUAAAUAGCCUAAAUAUA